GCUGCAGGAGAAGGCGCAAACGAAGUCGUCGUCUUGCUUUUAGACCUUAAAACCGAACUUCCGAGUGACGAUGACGGCAUUACCCCCAACCUCUUCGCGCUGAUAAACGGCCACACUGACACGGCCAAAAUUCUCCUGCAAUACGGAGCUAAUGUCAACUCUAAGAACGAUAGAUUAGAAACUCCUCUCCAUCACGCUGCUGGAUAUGGGUUCAUUUUAGUGGUUAAGGUCCUCUUGGAGACACGGCGCUAA